AUGGCCGGCAUCGAGGAGCUGUGCGAGAGCGAGCGAGCGCAGUUGGCGGAGCUCCGUGCGGAGCUGGCGCAGGUGCGCUGGGAGGCGGCGGCGGGCCGGCAAGCGCACCGCGCGGAGUUGGAAGAGCUGGCGGCUGUGAGCGCCGAGCUGCAGGAAGAGGUGCAGCCAAAGAAGGCGCUGGGAGAGAAGGAGCUCGCGGAGAGCCAGGCACGGCUGUCAGAGCUGCACACCGAGCUGCUUUUGGCGCAGGCGGAGGCGGAGUUUCACGGAGGUGUGCAGCCGAGAUGGCAGGCGAGCUGUGAUGAGGAGGGAUGUGCGGCGCUCGCGGAAGCCCAGGCGAAGUCGGAGGCCUUGGAGAUCCGCCACUCCCAGGCGGAGCUGGCCCUGGAGCUGGCGAAGAAGCGCGUGCAGUCCUACGAGGACUGGUGCCAGGCGCUGCACGUGGAGCUGCGCAGCGCGGGGGCGGAGCUGGCGGCGGAGCGCCAGGCCUCCCAGCUUCAGCGCGCACAGCUGCGGCGCCGCGCGGCCGAGCUGGCCGGGCGAGGCGGCUCCGGCGCAAUGGCGGUGGCGCAGCAGUGGCUGCAGCAGGCGCCAAAGGCGCAGGUGGCUGUAGCCACGGAUGUGGUGAAGCGACCGAACUCCAAGUCCAUUGACACCAGCUCCCUUCCCAUGUCGCUGGCCGCGCUGGCCCGGCUAUGUGCGGCCUCUGUGAGCCGCCACGUGGACAGCGCCGGCCGCGUGCGCGAGAACUCCCCUGGGCUGCUGCGCCGGGAGGCCUUCUUCUUCUCCGGCGCCGAGAACGCGCAGCUGGACGAGGAUCGCAACGCGCUGUGGAUCGCCGAGAGCUGCGGGCAAAGCGAGAGGCUCACGGACUUUGCAGAGUGCCGCCGUGCAGCGGCAGGCUUCGCCCUGCCCUUCCUCGUCGGCCGCGGCCGCGGCGAGGGCCUCGCCAGCUGCGGCUUUCAUGGGGUCGCAAGUCAUUUCAAGGAGUCAACGGGCAAUGCCUGA